AUGAAAACUAACAACAAAAUCAUACUCGGUAUUACUGCAAGUAUUGCUGCUUAUAAAGGAAUUGACAUUGCAAAUGAACUUACAAAAAGAGGAUAUGAUGUUCAUGUAACACUAACUAAAAACACACUUCAUUUAAUUCAACCUUCUACUAUUGAAGUACUAACCCACAACAAAUGUAUUAUUGACAGUUUUGAUCGUCCAAAUGAAUAUGAUGUUCAUCAUAUUUCAUUGGCACACUCAGCUUCUUUAUUUCUCAUUGCACCAGCAACAGCAGACAUUAUUGCAAAACUUGCUUCAGGAAUAGCAGAUGACUUUUUAACAACAACAUUUCUUGCAGCAACAUGUCCUAAAUUAAUUGCACCAGCAAUGAACACCACAAUGCUUCACAACCCAAUCACUCAAAGAAAUAUACAAAUUCUUAAGUCAUUUGGUGUUACAUUCAUUAACAGUUCAUAUGGUAAAUUAGCUUGUGGUGAUGUUGGAGAUGGUAAGUUAGCUUCUGUUGAUUCAAUCCUUACAUUUGUUGACCAACAACUCCAUCCAAUCCAACCACUUCUUAAUAAGAAAAUAGUCAUUACUGCUGGACCAACAAUUGAACCAAUAGACCCAGUUCGAUUUAUUACAAACCACUCAACAGGAAAAAUGGGGUAUGCAAUUGCUCAAGUAGCACAACAAUUUGGAGCAACAGUUACAUUAAUUACUGGACCAACAACAAUACAAAAACCAAGUGGAGUUAGUAUUGUUAAUGUACAAACAGCAAUUGAAAUGUACGAUGCAGUUAUGAAAGAGAAAGAUGUUGACAUUUAUAUUAUGUCAGCAGCAGUUGCAGAUUAUCGUCCAAUGAAUAUUUCUAAUCAAAAAAUUAAGAAAGAUGAGAAUGAAUUAACAAUCACAUUAGUUAAAAAUCCAGAUAUUUUAAAGGAAAUAGGAGAUAAAAGAAAUGACCAUCAGAUUAUUGUUGGAUUUGCUAUGGAAACUCAAGACUUGAUUCAAAAUGCACAAGAAAAACUUAAAAAGAAACAUUGUGAUAUGAUUGUGGCAAAUCAAUUAAAUGUUAAAGGAGCUGGAUUUGGAGGAGAAACAAACAAAGUUGCUUUUAUCACAAAAGAUGUUAUUGAAGAAACUGAAGUACUUUUGAAGAGUGAAAUAGCACGAUUAAUUAUUGAAAAAGUUAUUGAUAGAAUAAAUCAAUAA